AUGAAGCUGGUGCUCACCCUACAAUCUGAAGACAACGAUGACAAGCGAUAGCAGUGCGAAACUGUUUCAGAAGCUGAAGCCAUAUGUCUAUAUUGUGUUGCUGCAGUUUGGUUAUGCAGGGAUGUACGUAAUCUCUGCGGCAACACUCAAGAACGGCAUGAACCAUUAUGUUCUGGUUGUGUAUCGUAACGUUGUGGCUGCCGCAAUCAUUGCCCCGUUCGCACUAUGGUUUGAGAGGGAGAAAAGGCCAAAGAUCACUCCCCUCAUCUUCCUCAAGAUUGUUGCCCUCGCGGUCCUUGAGCCUGUGUUAGAUCAGAAUUUUUAUUACAUGGGAGCUAAGUUGACGAACGCAAGCUUUUCUGCUGCGUUUUACAACAUAUUACCAGCAAUUACUUUCACAUUGGCCAUUAUUCUAAGAAUGGAGAAGAUAAAUAUUAGACGAAGACGUAGCCAAGCAAAAGUAAUUGGAACAGCAAUAACGGUUGUUGGGGCCAUUUUAAUGAUACUAUACAAGGGCCCCAUCGUUCAUUUUUUCUGGACCAAGGGACGAGCCCACCACAUUAAUGUCGCUGCUGCCGGUACCCAAGCCGGAACCACGAACUGGCUUAAAGGUACCUCCAUGUUGUUCGUCAGCUGCAUCAGCUGGUCUUUGUUCUUCAUCGUUCAGUCCAACACGUUGGAAUCAUACCCUGCAAAGCUGACACUGACAAUUUUGAUAUGCGCCAUUGGCGCCUUGCUCAGCGCAACGGUGGCAUUGGUGGUGGAGCGUGGUAGCGCUAAGCCAUGGAUCAUUGGUCUUGACAUGAGGCUCUUCACAGCAGUCUACUCUGGUAUAGUUUGCUCCGGUGUAGCUUAUUAUGUACAAGGGAUUGUUAUGCAAGAGAGAGGUCCUGUUUUCGUCACUGCCUUCAAUCCUCUUUGCAUGAUCAUAACUGCUCUUAUGGGAUCCAUCAUUUUAGUAGAGGAAAUACCUCUUGGAAGGGUUCUUGGGGCAGCAGUUAUAGUGAUAGGCCUUUACUCCCUCAUAUGGGGAAAGGGCAAUGAUCAUCUUGCCUCUUCAUCCAACAAUGGUGGGAAGAAUGGAGUGACGGAGCUCCCCAUGGCUAUGGGGACAACCAAUGGCACAAGGAUGGAAUUUGCUGGGGGCCCUACACUCAUCGAGAUUCCGGCAAUUAAGAACCCAUGAGUCUUAGCUGUAAUAGCACAGCUGAUGAGUUUAGAGGAUUGAGGUUCCCUGUUUCUCUGCAAUUGUUAGAUUAGGGAAGGGGCUUUUGUAGUCAUAGGACUCAAUGACUCAAAGGCAAUUGUUGUUGUUAAUGUGUGCAAGUUUGAAUAAACUAACAAAUGUUGAUGUAAUUGUGGCAAAAAAUGUUAAUAGAGCUUAGAUGAAGAGUGACUAAAGUUGA